AUAACGUUAGUUUUAUUUUGCAUCGUAUUUAUAUUAUUUAUUAUUACCUUAAGUAUAUAGUUUACGAAGAUCUCUUGUGUACAUAUAAAUAAACCAUAUCGGUACUACUGCUGUACGCCAUAUUCUAAAGUUCCUGAUUGACCACAACUAUUUGUGCCACAAUCCGACAGUAACUAAAAAGUAAGCCAAAAUGUUUUCGAACUUAUCCAGCUGGUUCUAUGGAAGCAAUGUCACCGAGAAAAAUGAUGAAUUUGUCACAGAAUCUUGCCCAGACUCCUUAAUUGAAGUCGAUGAAAACUUCGAACCCAUUGAAAUAGAUGAAUCUGAUGAUUGGGUCAUCCUAGGGAAAGGUGAAUCUGAAGCGGAUUCUAAGAAGACUGAUGAUGAGGGAUGUGGAAGUGCUGUUGAUCGCCAUAGCCGUUCAUCUUCUUCCUGCCAAAAUGAAGAAGGCUGGUUUGUUACUCCUCCACCCUGUUUUACAUCUGUUGGUCCAGCAGACAUGGAAACUACACCUUUGGAAAAUCUUCUUAUUGAACAUCCCAGCAUGUCUGUGUAUCACAGUCCUACUGUGAGUUCAGUAAUAUCUGAGAAGAAAACUCUAGCUUUAAUUGCAAGUAACAGUGAAUCGUUAGUUGAUGAUACACCAAUAAUAUUUGAAGCUGUUAAAUGUAAAGGAAAGUUACCAAAACAUCCCAAGAAAAAAACAAUGAAGAAAUCUGUACCCCUUGAUGAGUUUAAAAUGGCACCAGAAAUAAUUUUGGGUGAAGUAUCAGACAUGUCAUCGCCUGUUAUUGUUGAGAUUAAAAAAGUUGAGCGUUCUCCAGCUGAAAUGUUUCCAAUAUUGGCACCAAUUUCUAAGCCUAGAGUCUGUUCACCACCAAUUAUCCGUAGCUAUAAAGAAGUUGCAGCUUCUUUAAAAAGAAGACAACCAAAAAAUGAUGUUUCUGAAACAAAACAUGUUAAGAUCGAGUCUCAGGUUGAAGAUGUUGUUGAUUUACCUGUAGAAGUUUUGCCUUUGGAGGAAACAAUGACAUCUGUUAAAGUCUUUACACCUAAAAAAGUGAUGAAGAAAGGUCGCAAACCUCCGUGUCCAUUGCCUCAUUUAUUAAAAAAUGAAUCGCAAAAAAUGCCAAAAGAAAUAAUUGUUCCUAAAAUGUAUGCUCAAGAACGGUUGAUCAGAUUGAGUUCCUUUAGCAUCAUACAGUCAGAUGUGCCAAAAAACUCCAAAACAACAAAAAAAAAUUCCAUCAAAACUGUUGAAAAACAACAGAAGGCAGUGGUCAAACAAUCACCAAGUUGUACUGAUGCAAUUAAGCCAGCAGUUCUAGAUACAGAAGAAAAAAAGAAAAAGAAGGUACAACAAAAGUAUGUUGUAAAAGAAGCCAAAAUUGAGAAAAUUGAGUCCCAUCCAGUUUCUGAAGCUGUAGUAAUGAGACCAAAAUGUGAUGUAGUGAUUGAAAAGAGGGAACAAAAAUCACCUGUGAAAAAAGAGAAUAUCAUCAUACCAUUGACUACAUCUAUUGCACUUAAUUCUUUGGUGUCUCGACCUGAAGAGAAUGCUUACAAACAUGAGUUGCUGAAAAGAGAGUUAGCAAUGAUUGCUGGCACCAAUAAAGCACAGAAGUUGCAAGCAUACAGGGAGACUCGUAUAUUAAGCCGCAAUCAGUUGACACAUCUCAACCGUGUAAAUUUAAUGUUGAGUGCCAGUAACAAAAGACUGAGGAGAGCUGACAAGAAUGUCCGACCAUCAGGCGCUAACAAUAAUCGUAAAUGCUGUUAAUUAAAUGAAAAAAAUCAAUUAUGCUGGCUUCUAAUAUAAUCAGUUAGUAAAAUUAUGAUGGGUUGAAAUAAUAUUUAGCUUACCUUGGGUCAAGGGAAAAAAUUACAAAAAAAAAAAAAAAUUUUAAAAUUUUAACA